AUGGCGAACAUCGGGGCAAACGCUCCACCAAGACCGCCCGGCGCAAAAGUAAUCGCAUUCGCCGUCUCCAUCGUCCAGUCGAAGCCUCCAGAUUUGAGCGUCGGCGAGUACAUCCGACUUCUCAGGUUACACAUCGCCAAAGGAAGCAGAGCGGGAGCUGUCAGUUCGACGUAUCAGCAUCUCGAUCGGUCGGCAUAUUGGCGCUCUGAAUCUGAGCGCAUGAAGAGUGCGCUAAAGAGUUCCGAGGAUAGAUUUGUUGACCUACAGCGUGAGGUCGAAAUGCUGAAGACGAAGCUUGAUGCGGCCAAGUCGGCACUUCUUCCAACCAAGAAGCGUAAGAAGGUUGAUGAUGAGAYCAUUCCGUAUCCUCGAUCCCCGAAAAGAUUGAAAGCAGAUGCCACGUCCGCGAGAGGUGGCACUCUCGCCGUGUUUGAUGUAUCGAGUGAAGUGGAGUUCAGCCAGGCUGGCGAAAUAGGGAACACUCUUCUGCGCAGUCUCUUCCAAGUUCAUGCCAUCCUCAAGACUCACAACAAGAUCGAGCCGGUGAGAUUGGCCUUUUGCGUUGUCCAAGCCUCUACAACGAUAUCGCAAGUCGUGCUUGAUGAGAUACAGACAUUCUCAAGGUCAGGUUCGCAUGACAGCGAUGACUUGAAGAAAGUCUUCCUGCUCGUCAGGCGUGCAGUGACCUCGAUUGUCACUGCCUUUACCAGACUUAGCCAAGCCUCUGAUGAAGCGCACAGCGUGGGCAAAGCCAUAUAUGCCAUCGUACACAUGUUCAGAAGCCUUCUUGCUGGACUCACCGGCUUAUCGGACGUCGAGACGAAAAGAGUACUCGUAGUAGAGGCUGCCGCAAGAAAGAUAGCUGCUGAAAAGUCCAAGAGCAAGACCAAGACGCCGCGAAUCCUGAAUAUCAAAGAGAACCCGAUUCUCAGCCUCUAMACGACAUUUCUCCAUGGCAUCAUGGAUUUGCUUGACUCCAAGAACGAAGCGCAUCAUGAAUUGUUCGAAGGCUUUGCGUUUUGCGUGCUGGAAAGACUUGGGAGUCGCUUGUACCAUUCCGUGUUUGGUCAUGCCAGAAGAGAGACGCUGGAGGAGGAGAUUCAGCAGAGCCACUCGCCCGACGAUACGGAUGAUAAUGAAGGACCUUCGGACCAACAGGAUGACCGAAAGCAAGUACGUCUAGAGGCCCCAUAUCUGAUCGCUUUGCUAGUCCGCAUCAUGGCCGUGGCACCAUCAUAUCUCGGCGCCGCAACAAGCGCCAAAACCGGCAAGCCAAAGCAAGCUCAUAACAAAGCAUCGAUGAAAGGUGCGUUGGUGGUUGAGGCGAAAGAGCGCCUGCAGAGAACGCUGGUGACGUGCAUAUUUGGAGACGUCGAUGGGUUGUCAAACGAUGAUACCCUCGCCGAAUGCCUGAAAAUGCCUGUCGAUAAAGGGUCGAUCUCGAUGCCAAAAAUCAAGGAGGCGGAGGUGCAAGAAUGGUUCAAGGAGGAGAUGUGGCGGUUGCUUGGGUGGGAGAUCUUGUCGAAGGAUGGAGAGUGGUGA